AUGCUGUACUACCAUUUCGCCGGCGGCGGGUGCUCCGGUAUGUGGGGGUGGUGCUUCAAUGCAAUGCCGUUUUCAAUGCUUCGCUUCUGGCGCUUUUUGUUGAUUUCCAUGGGAAGAGCUACGCUGCUGCCGCGAAGAAGAGGAAGGCCUCCGCGGCGGAGAAGAUUGGUUCCGGAGGCGGCGGUGGCGAUAAAGCUGGAAAUCUGGCCUCCGGCGACUUUGUUGGUCCGGCGGUCCCUGCAAUCAAUUUUCUUCAGGCGAGAAAUAAAGAACCAAUUAAUGGCCCGAUUGGUCAGUUUCGCCCUAUUUAGUUUUAAUACAUCAGUUAUGUUAUUUGAUGUUAUUGGGUCUUUAAUGAUCCGUUACAAGUGA